AUGAUAUUUAAAUACUUUUUUAAGAAAAAAUCUCGCGAAGAGAGUACUGGGCGCGAAAGCGGUGUUGAAAUAUUAAAAAAUGAACCAUACACAGACGGUCCUGGAGGAAAUGGCCAAUACACAUUCAAAAUAUACCACGUCGGAAGUCACUUACCGGGCUGGUUGCGAAGCAUAAUACCAGAUUCAGCUCUCCGUGUGGAAGAGGAAGCUUGGAACGCCUACCCCUACACGAAGACCCGCUACAAAGUCCCCUUCGUGGAGAAGUUUUCUCUCGAGAUUGAGACAAAGUACUUGGACGAUGGUGGUGAUACGGAGAAUGUGUUCGAAAUGUCUCCUAGCGAACUAAGCGCUCGUAUUGUCGAUUUCAUUGAUAUAGUAACCGACCCUGCACCCCCCUCCAAGCCUACCGAGGAUCCUUCCACGUACGUUUCUCAAGUGACUGGACGCGGCCCUCUCCCAGCCAAUUGGCGCACCGAAUUCAAGAAGGCCAUGCUUACUGGAGAGAAGUACGCAUGCCAGGGCACCAAGCCGGACAAGACGGGCAGCACUGUUAAUGAACCGCUGCCCAAGCGCAUUAUGUGUUCCUACAAGGUUUGCCGUGUCGAGUUUCGCUACUGGGGCAUGCAGUCAAGGAUAGAAAACUUCAUCCAAGAUAUUGGUAAGAGUUGCAGUGACGAUAAAUAA